AUGAAAAUUCUCUAUGUGUGUGACACUAGACUUUAUAAUUUUAAUAGUAAAGAAAAAAAAUAUUUGUUUAAAUAUUGGAUUUAUUCGUUACAUGAUUUAUUAAUUAAUAGUGAGUCACGGAAUAUUAAAAUAUGGUUGGUUUGUAUAAAUCUAAUUGACUAUAUAGACAUUAUAAAAUUUACCGAUCCAUUUAAUUAUGAAAAUGUAAAGAAUGGUAUAGAAAAUAUAGCUCCAUAUUUUCAAAAAAAUAAUGAAGAUUUGGUAAAUGAUAAAGAAACUACUAUAGACCCUUUAUUCACCUUUUUAAAAACACCAAAAAAUAUUUCGAGAAUUAAAGAAUGCAAUAAAAUUAUAAUUUUAUCAAGUAAUAUUCAUAAUUGGGCUAAUAAUAUUUCCAAACUACAAUUAAUUGGGGAUUCAUUUCGAUCAUGUUCCAGUGAAUUUUACCUAUUCAAUGUUCAAAAUAGCCUAAUAGACAGCGUUGCAAAAAUUCAGCAACUUGAUUCUAAUUUACUUGAAUAUCCAAAUUUUUUUUUUAAAAAUAUUGAAUUAAACAAAAUUAGCAUUUUGCAAAUAUCAAAGGAAAUUCUCGCCAUCAAAUUUGAUGUUUCUUUUACCUUGAAAUUAAAAAAUGAGACAUUACUAAAAUGUCAAGGACGCCCUAUAAUAACUGAACUUGAUCAUUUAGCUUUUUCUGGAUUGAGAAAUUUCAUUGUUGAAUUUGAUGUAAGGGCUCGAGCCUUAAAGGAGGGAAUAUCUCAACACAUGAUUUAUGGGAUACCGAUUUUUUUAAGCAGCGAUUUUUCUUAUAAACAAAAUUUAAUUUCGAUGAACUCUUUAGCAAAAGAAUUAUACGAAAAUGACCAAGUAUUAAUUUUAAGGUCUAAUAUAAAUCCUAUUGACCUAAAAACACAUGAACAACAAGUUCGAUUUUUAUGGGUAGCGACGCCAAUGAUUAAGGACGAAACACCAACGAACUUAUGUUUACAUGGAUUGUCAACACAGGAAACAUAUUCUCUUAAUAUAGAAGAAUCUUAUACAUGUGAUACAAUCACAAAUGAAGAAAAUGAAGAUAGCAAACUAAAAGACAUUAUGAACUUUUUAAUUUUAGUUGACGAUUUUAACCCUUAUCAUUAUAGCAACGAACGGUUUGAUUACUCUUUCAAGUUUUCGCGAAAUUCGUUAACAAAUUUUAUAACCAAAGACAAUAUUUCAAAAAAUAUGAAAAAAAGAUUAACCCUUUUAAAAAGCAUAACAUGUGAUAAUGACUCCUCUAUAAAUCAAGAAAAAAGAAAGCUACUAAAAAAUAAUGAUAAUUCUUUUCAAACAAAUGAUAAUUUAAAAAAAAAAAAAAUUCCAGAUCCUCGAUCUCUUCUUUUGGCUAACAUGAAUAAAGCCUUUCAAAAAAAUAUAAUAUAA